CUUUUUUUCCUUUUCUCAACCUCAACCUCAGUCAUCCUCCAAUCUCACUGAACGUUGUCUCCCCUUCAUGUUACGCUGCGGAUAUUCUUCUUCUCUUUUUACAUCUCACCCUCUCUCAUAUUUCUACCUUAUCCAAAGUCAUCUUCCGAGUGAACCGAAAGAGAGAGUGAGCGAAAGUACUUCGGAUCUGGAAUCCCCGCAUCAUCGUCAGCACUUCUCUGAUUACGAAUUCAAGAUUGGCCCGCGAUCCCGUCAUCUCACUCAACCACCACAGUCUGCAAAUUCCCUCACUCCCAAACCUCACCCACACGAUACAUCCAAGGGACCACAGUCUGCAAAUUCCCUCACUCCCAAACCUCACCCACACGAUACAUCCAAGGGCAUCAACGCCCUCACAACUCCACCAAAAUGCGCACCCAUCCAGCCCCAACAGAAUGCGAAGUCAUCCAACCCGCCACCCCGCGCGGCCAAAUCCUCACCCCCCUAAUCCUAAUCCACGACGGCGGCGGCACGACGUUCGCCUACCACUGCCUCUCCCAGCUCGCAGGCCGCGCCGUCUUCGGCAUCGCGAACCCGCGCUUCCACUCCGGCGUGCCAUGGGAAGGCGGCGUCCCCGAGAUGGCGGCGGCGUACCUGCAAAUGAUUCGGAAUACCGUCACCAAGGGGAGGGAGUUCCCCGCCCAGGCGCCGUAUUCCUAUGUUACGACUGCUGAUGGGGGACGGCUGAAGAGGAGGAGGAUCUUGUUGGGCGGGUGGAGUCUGGGCGGGUUGCUCUCGUUGGAGAUUGCGAGGUUGGUUGGUGAGGAGGAUCGCGAUAUUGAGAUUGUGGGGUUGCUCUUUGUGGAUAGCGUGUAUCCCGUCUGGCCUAAGGGAUCGGAGGUCAAGAUUGGGAGGUUUGUCGAGGAUGAGAAGCUGGAGACGGAGGAGCCGAAGAAUGUGAGGCUUGCGAAGAGGGCGAUGAAGAUGGCCGGGCAGGUUGUGAGGGCGUGGAAGAUGCCGAGGUGCGGGGCUGCGAGUGAGACGGAGGUGGAUGUUCCCAAGGCCGUUGGCUACGCUGAGGCCGAUGGAGGCGAGAGGGCAGAGACGACGGCGGAUGGAGCGGACGUGGAGAAGGACUUUUACGUUUCCAAGGAGGAGAAGGAGACUGCUGAGGUCGUGUGGGAGAGGCCGCCGCGGGCUGUGCUCGUCAAGGCCAAGGAGCAUGUUCCGAUGCCGAUCGAGGGGAUCAGUUCCGUGGAUGUGUAUCGUGGGGACGAGAAGCUCGGGUGGGAUGGGUAUUGUCCUGGGUUCGUGGAGGAGGUGUUGUUGACGGAGGGGAGUCAUUUUGAUAUGUUUGCUUGGACGAAUUGUGACGGGAUCACGGAGAAGAUUAACGAGGCUUGUCGGAUCCUGGAAGGGGUUACUAUAUGAGGUGGAAAUGAAAGGAAUGGUGCGUGUGCUUUGCGAUGCAUGGCGUGGAUUGGGUUUACUUUUCAACGAGUACUUUUGGCACACGGAACAAAUAGAGCAUGGAGAAAGUAGAGGUAGAUGUCGUUGAUUUAAUGCUAAUGGAG